AUAUUGUUUUUGAAUGGUAUUUAAAAUUAACUAUAACUGAACAAAAUACUUUGGGUGGAAAACAACAAGAAUUUUUUCAUUGGAUACCAUAUAAAAAAUUUAAAAAUGUUGAAGAGAUAGGUAAAGGAGCAUUCUCUACUGUUUUUAAAACAAAAUAUUUAAACAAAUACAGGUCAUAUGAAGAAUUAGCAAUUAAGCUUGUAAAAGAUUCUAAUAAAAGUAAAGAACUAUUUUUAAAAGAG